AUGGCCAAUAUAAUGUACCAGUUCAGAAUGAAUGAUCUCACAUCAAAACUUAAUAUCUCUGAGGAUAAUUUAAAAGAAAGCCAAAUUGCUUUUAAUGAGAUAAAUGCCAUAUAUUUAAAUCACCUUAAUGGUAGUAAUGAGAUUAAUAUAAAUCACAAGAAAAAUACAUCUGCAGAUUACAAAUUUAACGAAGAGCGAAGUAAGAGGAUUUUAUUGCAAAAAGAGGUAUACGAAUACCAGGGAAGGAAUUCGGCUGAGCUCAACAAAUUAAAUUCUGAAGUAGAAAAGUUACAAUCAGAAAUAACCAAGAAACAACCAAGUACAUCGUCAAAGGUAUAUUUAAAGAAAAAUACACUUCCACGUCAAAUACAGUCUCCUAUGUUUGAGCGUAAGAUAUAUAAUAUAAAUCCUUUUCUGGAUAAAAAUAAUAUUCUUCAGUAA